AUGAAAUUAUUGAAUAAAUUAACCAGAUAUAGAAAAAAUGCUACAAAACCACUGGGCAAUCAAAGGCAUGUGGCUAAAUUCAUAGACAAAGGCUCUCCACAUUUGGAUAAUGCAACCAAGCUGUCGCACCCCCCUGGACGCCCCACCAGUGGUUUGCAUUUACAAAUAAUCACAGAAACAGAUCAUUUGAAUUCUUACAACACCACACGGACAGAUAUGGCCAAUCAAGAACACUUAAUGGAGAAACCACCAAAGUUCUUAAAGCGAGGCACAAGAAGUAGUUUCUUAUACGAAGGUCAUUUUCAUGAAGCUAUAGGAAAAAUCUUACUGGUAGCUGAAUGUUUUACCAUGAUGCCGGUGCGUGGGGUAAAUGCCCAUCCUCGCUAUUUGUCCUUCUCCUGGUGGAGUUUUCGCACCGUCUACAGUUUGAUUUUUAUUCUGGCCAUGAUUAUCGAUUGCAUCAUCAGUGUCUACAAAAUUCUCCAUGGACCCAUAACUUUUAACAAUAUUGAGCCUUUGGCAUUUCGUUUGCCUAUCAUCAUUGUGUGUGUGAGUGCCCUGAAUUUGGCCAGCAAAUGGCCGGAACUUAUGUUGGAAUGGCACAACAUAGAGAGCAGUUUGCCUCCUUACGCCACGCAAAAGGACAAGCGGCGGCAGGCAGACCGCAUAAAGAUGGUGUUUUUGGUGGGAAUGAUGCUAUCGUUGGCGGAACAUUUGCUGAGCAUAACACAGGCCAUCAGAUAUGCCAACCGUUGUGCCACCACCAAGGAUCCAAUCAAGAAUUUUCUGCUCAUUGCCAGUGAUCACCUGUUCUACAUUUUUCCCUACUCCUAUUGGCUGGGCUGGUAUGGCAAGACGUUGAAUGUCAUGUCCACGUUUAUAUGGAAUUACAUGGACAUGUUUGUCAUGAUAAUGAGCAUUGGGUUGACCUCAUUGUUCCAACAGCUCAAUGCGGACUUGGUCAAAUUUAAAAAUAAGCAAAUGUCACCAUCGUUUUGGGCCGAGAGAAGGAUUCAGUAUCGAAGUGUGUGUAUGCUGUGCGAAAAGGUGGACAAUGCCAUUUCAUUGAUAACCAUGGUGUCCUUUUCGAAUAAUUUAUAUUUCAUCUGCGUGCAGUUGCUGAAAAGUUUAAACAAAAUGCCUACGAUUAUCAGCAUGGUUUAUUUCUACUUCUCACUGCUGUUCCUUUUGGGACGAACUUUGGCUGUGUCCCUGUAUGCCUCUGCCAUACACGAUGAGUCACGUAAGCCUCUGGGCAUUCUCAGGUGUGUCCCCAAGGAAUCAUGGUGUGUGGAAGUCAAACGUUUUGCGGAAGAAAUUUGCAGUGAUUCGGUGGCACUGAGUGGCAUGAAAUUCUUCUUUCUAACACGUAAAUUGGUAUUGAGUGUUGCUGGAACCAUUGUUACCUAUGAGCUGGUCCUCAUACAAUUUUACGAAUCAACCAAUUUGUGGGACUGCGAAAGUCUUCUACGAAAUUUUAGACGUCAACAGAAACUUGCGGAUGGUAUAUUGGCAUUUUAG